AUACCUAUCACACACGGUGCAAACGCGUAUCCUCAACCCCGCCUUCCUUCCCAUGCUUCUCCGCACUCUUCGUGCCACUCUUUUCCCUCAUAACGGACUAGCUCCAGCACGGCAGCCACCUUCGGAGGAAGAGGCGAAGGCAAUUAAGCGGCGUUGCGCCGCGACACUGCUAGGCUUACUGCCAACAACGGUGGCGUCCGCAUUCUUUGCGAACAAAAUUCAAGCAGACCAUCUCCGGCAGGUGGAAGAAUUGCUGGACUGCCUUGACGACAGCUAUCUCAACAAACAUCUCAUCUUUGCGAUCGUGGAACUAAUAGUGUUGCGAUUGGUGCCUGAACUAGGAGAUGGAGGGGUACAGGCUCUGCUUGAGGAGAGGCUGGGGUAG